GUCGUCGACGACGUCUCCAAAUCAGGGCAUUAGCCCUCUGGAUUUUGCAGUAGUGAUAUUGUUGACUCUCAUCACGAACUGUGCAUUUCUCGGUUCAGUUAACCCCUCGCUGUCUCGAUUUACAAUACCCAAGAGUUUGAUUGGGGAUAAUUACGUUGGUAGAGAGUGUGGGUUGCGAGUUUUGGUUUUUGGUUUUUGGUUUUUGUAUUUUGCCCCCAGUGUUUGGGUGCUUGCGAUGGAGCAGAUGUUGUUGUCGGGGAGCAGUGUUGUUGUGGCGAGUGCAAUUUCAUCCGCGUGUGUUGCUGCAUCAUCGGCGGGGCGCAGCUCUAGUUUACAAUUAGAAUGCGUGAGGAGGAGUUUGUCGUUGGUGGGUAUUGGUUGCGAAGGGAAUAGGAGGUUUGUAGGAUCCCGACCUGAGCUCCUUGGGUCCCGGUUGUUGGAAAGGGCUUCGGGCGUCGCUCGUGUGUCUGCUGGACAGACUUCUUCAGGUUCUGAUGCAUCACAAGGUUUAGCGAUCUUCUACAACUACGCCCUUGCAUUCAACCCUGCAAAGUCGAGGCUUGCUCUUGAAGAGAAAAACAUCAAGUAUGUUGAAACGAAGAUCGACCUCUUUAAUGGUCAGUCUCUGGAGCCAUGGUAUUUGAGACUCAACCCCAGUGCUUCAGCUCCCACUCUCGUCGUCGGAGAUGAGAAGAUCACGGAGUCUGUGGAGAUCAUUAGGUGGGCAGAUCGGCAGGGGGCACCCCUUGGUGGAGAUUCUGUCGACAGGGCCUUCGUUGACGAGUGGCUCAACAAAGUGGAUGCUUGGGACGGUAACCUAUUUGCAGCAGCAAAUUCUCCAGCUGGUGCAGCACUUAAAUAUAGCACAGAGUACAAAUUCAAAGUGGCAGAGGCAAAUGCGAAGCGAAACCCCGACAUGGCUGAGCUCUACAAGGAGAAGAUUUCUACCUUGAAGAAGAAUUAUAUCGAUGAGCCAAAUGAUGAAGCAGUUUGUGAUGCAAACCGCCAGCAGCUACGAGUCCUGUUAGAUGAAGCAGAAACAAGACUUGCAACCAACAAGUUCCUGGCGGGGCCCGCGUAUUCGGCUGCCGAUGCGAUCUUCACUCCUGUUAUAUACCGCAUCUAUCUCCUGAAGAAAGAUGGGGAAUAUUUGAGUUCUCGACCGAACAUCAAGCGCUACUAUGAGGAGAUAAAGAAACGGCCUAGUUACAAAAAGGUAUUCAGCGUCUCAGAUAGCGCCCUCGCUAGUGCCGGGGAGGUUCUUCCUGCUGUUGGACAGGUAUUGUUUGCUACGCUGACAGGAAAGUAUUAGAAAGUACCUGCACAAACGUCUGCAAUUCCUGUACAUUUCGUCCCCAUGAGUGUACAUUUUCAGUUCUUUUCGGAUCGUUCUAGGCUGCCUUCAUACUACCUCAGAAAGAACAACACAAAAUUGUAUGUUUGUUCAUAGAUUCGCCGUGUAUUUGCGGUGAGAAUAUUCACCAGCAGACCUAUAUAAGAUGUUUGAAAGAAUUUUGAUAUUAUUGAAAUUUCUUCGUCAUUGAUGUUUUGUUUU